AUGGCUGUCGACUCACACGCCCUUAUUGAGCGCGGCUGGGGUCCUGAGACUCCGGCCAACUACACGAAGAAAGAUGUUAUUCUAUACGCGCUGGGUGUGGGAGCAUCUGAGCUCCGAUAUGUUUACGAGAACAACGAUGAGUUCUCCUGCCUGCCUUCCAUGCCUUUCGCUCUCACUUUCAAGGGAGGUAACUCCGCCGACGUGCUUCCAUUUCCGCCCCAGCACUUCAUGGGUGCCAUGGACCAAAUCCCACCUCGAGGUGAGUUUACAGCCGAUGCUUCGAGUGCUGUACCGCAUCAAAGGACCGGUCUUGGACGGCGAAAGAUCGAUGAAGUUAUUCAAGUCAUUGCCAACUUCGGCCGAGAAUUGGGCGAUGAGGAGCAGGGUCACAGCAAUCUCACAGAAACGCUCGGGAGUGAGUUUACAGCAUUGCAGUUCGUAAAUCUUCCGAUAUUCUGA